AUGGGCGUGGCCCGCGGCGCGGGAGCGCGGGCUGGCGAGCGAGCAGCCUCGGAGCUCGCUGUACGCCAUCUUGGCAGCUCCUCGAAAAAGUCACUGGAGUUGCUCAACUCUAGGUUCCAACUCGUUAUGAAAAGUGGAAAGUAUGCACUGGGGUACAAGCAGACUCUGAAAAUGAUCAGACAAGGCAAAGUGAAACUGGUCAGCCUUGCCAGCGACUGCCCAGCCUUGAGGAAAUCUGAAAUAGAGUAUUAUGCCAUGUUGGCCAACACUGGUGUCCAUCACCACACUAGCAAUAAUAUUGAAUUGGGCACAGCAUGUAGAAAAUACCACAGAGUACGCACACUGGCUAUCAUUGAUCCAGGUGAUGCUGUUAUCAUUAGAAGCAUGCCAGAACAGACUGGUGAAAAGUAAAUCAUGCAUAAUUUUUCUUUAAUAAAACUGGCCAAAGCUUGCUUU